AUGUGCUUCACUGCCUCACUGACCCUCAGUGGGUUGUGGCCUGUACCAGGCCAUGCAAACGCCAACUUCUGGACUGGAUUGCUGAACCGCUUCGUUUGGGCAAUCAGCCCAUGCUUCCUCGGGGGCUUCUUCCCAGGACUUUGCAACCCAACAUUGUUGGCAGACCGGAGAUGCCAUCUAUUCUUUUUGAAGGUGAGCCUAUUGCCUUUCAUCAUUGCGAACGUGUCUUUUCCCUAUGUUGCGGGGACAGAGAGCAAGAUCCUUGUUUUCUUCUCCACAUGCUUUUGGCCAACUACCACCUGCAUUUUGUUCCUGCCUUCCAUGGUUGCUGGCAUACGCCACUGUCGUGGGGAUGAGAACUGGGAUGAGUUGGCCUCCCAAGUGUGGUACAUCCGAUCUCAAGGAAGAAACUUCUGGUUCGAUUUGCUAUGUUUGGUUUCAUGUUUUGUUGCCACUGUGUUGCCAGUGAACUACAUCGCGCUGGACUUUGCAGUGGUGGUUCCCAAUUUGUCUGCCCCGGCGGCAGCAGUACUGCGGCCUCUCAUCUCAUUGUUCCUGAAGGGAUGCUGUUCGGAAGUUUUUAAGAUGGCCGCAGUGAAGCUCAGUGAUACACUGUUCUGCUACGGUGCCUUCCCUUUAGCUCUUAACCUUGGGCUGCACACCUCCUUGAGCGCCGCGCACUGCCGUGACUGGUUGAGCGUUGUGAUCUGGGUGGUGUGCGACUGCACGACAAUAGCAUGGCGAACGCAGAGGGCUCGAUAUGCCGGAAUAUUUAGAAGGUUCUUCGAUUCGACACCAUGGCUUAGCGAUGAAGCUCUCCGAGAGCGGAUGAGCUUUGAAGCAAUCAUCCUAGGCUGGGGUCUCACAGCAGCGCUCGCAAGCUUGUUGGUUUUCAGUCCACUGGCUUGGGUGAUCCCGAGCAUGCUUCGAGAUUUCCUUUUCUCAUCCGGAUGGAGCAGUGUGAAGUAUGUGGUUGCUGUCUGCUUGUGUGAUGUUACUGCCGACAUCUUAUCCGUGGUCUACCUCACGCACAUGUGCAACUGCGACUUCAGCAAGGUCCUCGGGCACCCCUGCUCCAAAGCGCUCCGCCAUGCAUACAUGAGUUCCUUAGCAGUGGUGUGGGCUCCUUGCGCGCUCGGAUGCUUUGGCUGGGUCUUUCAGCACAUGUGCAUUGCUUCCUUCGAGGCUCGAUGCUAG